GGGAUUGAGAGGUUCCUUCAUCGCAUGGCACACAUUCCCUUUCCCAUUGUCGAAUGAGGGUAACCCAGACACGGCUCAAGGCACCGGCGGUAGAGUUCCUCCACCACGCUUUGACUCGAUAUGACUUCCACAUUAGCUGGGCGCGUAACCCUUUGCGUGUCCACACCCGCAGGCCAAUGUUGCACGAUUGCGGCCUUGACCUCUGGGCGGGUUGAUCAGUUGCAUGGAGCCAUUGAGCGAGCUUUGAAGAUCCCCAGACUUGUGCAAAGGCUGAUUUGCGGAGGCAAGGAGAUCUUCAGUCAGGAGUCUGUGGCCGAGCUUCAGCUGGAGAAUGGCAGCCAGAUCACGGUGAUAAACAGCUGGCCACAGGAUCCGGAGUUGAUUGCGGAGAAACUGCAGCUGGCCGCCUCUACAACUGCAACACAUGCUCUUGCAGCUGCAGUGGCCACGUGCUUGGCGCAUGAGGAUGGCUCAGUGCAAGCUGCUGCACUGAACACGCUCUCAUGGAUGGGUCGAAUUGCUGCCCCUCAUAUAGCUGCCAUUGCCAGACUCCUCCGUGAUGGUGAGAGAGGAGUUCCUUUGGCAGCUGCCGAGUCCCUUUCUUGGUUUGAAGAGGGUGCAGUGUAUGCUGCCGACAUCUUGAGAUAUGCAUGUGCGCCAAGCGUGUACUCUCAGACUCUCCGGAUCACGGGGAAGGCCGUAAAGGCCGUGAAGUCGUUCUUUGAAUCCGACUCAUCCAGCACCCGCUUGGCCGCAACGAAGUCUGUCAUCGGAUUGUUGGAGGACGACAGCCCAGUGGCUCCUGACAUGAAGGCGCAACGAGAGCGCAUCAUUCUGCCCCAGCUGUGCCAAGGCUUGUUCGAUCCCUCGGAAGAGGUACGGCGGGCUGCUGCCGCAUACCUCACCAGUUGCAUCCCUACUUGCGAGGCCGAAGCUGAACCAGAGGACAGCUUGGCAGAGGAGUUGAUCUGCCAGCUCCUGCUCUUGGGCGAAGGCCUGAAUCUGGAAGGACAGCACGAUGCCGGCAUCGCGCAAGCUUGCCAAGACAUUUCCAGAAGAUUGGACAGCCACUGGGCAGAAUGGGCUGGAUGGCAGGAGGGUUUGGAUGAUCCGGAUACCUCAGCUGAAGCUGCAACAUGUCAAGUGUCCGUCGCCAUGGUGUACUACCUGCGGCGCAGGUUUUGUGAGUGGCAGCACAGCCUGAGCCAGGCCCAACUUGCGGAGCUGAGGGCGGCAGAGCGCCGGGACCAGCUGGGGAGUCUCCGUGACUUGCUGGGGUCGAUGGUUGAAAAGGGGCUGAGCAGCCGCAAGUGGCAGGUGCGUCAUGCAGUGGUGGAGAGCUUCCUCUCUUUGGAACCUUGGGGACUGAAUGUUGUGCGUGUAAUAAACAACCUUCAAGGACAUGAGAAGGACAAGUCGGUCAAGGAAGUGAUGACCAAGUUCUUUGCCAAGUAUGGCUCGGGAUUGGAAGACAGCCCGCAGCUUUUCGAAUACUAUUAUAAUGAUGCCGAGUGGGUCUCAGUCGACUCGGAUGAAUCUGAGGAGCAUAGGAUACAUAAUCUGGAAGAAGAGGAGGACUUUCAGCUGCGUGACAAGGCUGGGGGGUAUUCCAAGUCCCAUCAGAGCCGCAGUGCAAGGCACAACAAUAAGCACGGAGUCGCUUCUGCAGCGGCCCCUUCAACCAUUGCCCGAAAGAAGAAGUCGGAGAGGCGAACAAGACCAGAGGAGAAGCAGGAUUUCGCGGAGUCCAAACGCACGAACCAGAGAGGAAAGGAGGAAGAUAGGCACUUCAAGACGGCGAUGUUAGGACAUCAGUUGUUGAGAUUUGCUUUCGAUGAUGCCUAAGGCAUGCCUUUUUGUUUGUUUGUACAGUGAGCAGCUGAAAGUUGAAAAAGGCAAAAGACCAGCG